AUGUCCGAGGAGAUGGCGGUAUCUUCAGACCCGAGGACGAGUUUAUCCAGCAACACGAACAAGGUGCCAGAGUCUGAUCAGAAGACAUCAUUUGUCGACGCCGCUGCAUUGCCCACCGGAACAGCUGCGAGCGAGCUGGCUUUUGUCGCACCUCCGACAAGAGGCGGUGCAGCAGAAGUUGCAACCGAAACAUCAUCUUCUGCAGACGACCCAACAGGAUUUGCAGAGACGUCUGGGAAGCAAGAAGAACACACGGCGUCCUUCGGCCAAGACGGUCUAUUUACUGUCGUGCCGUCAGCCGCUCCUGAAUCCCCGUCCCUGGGCACCAACUCUCCGCCGGAUCGCCUGCUCAGGGUCACCGUGACCUCGACAUUCACCGUAACAUCCUGCGAGCCAACCGUCACAAACUGUCCGCUGGGCAAGCUCCUGACCUCGACCGUGGUGUUGGACGCGACAGCACAUUCGGGCGGCGGAAGUGGCGGCGAUCCUACCGCGGCCGGAACGACGGCCACGACGUACACGUUGCCUCUUCCUUGCGGCAAAGGAGAGACAGGUUGCACCACCCCAACGACGGUGCCCGAACAAGCCGUGGCCACGACACGCCUGACCACGCAGUCAGAAGCAGUUGCCGCCGGCUCCUGCACGGACUGCGCGACGAGGGAACCGACGCCAUUGCCGCCUUCGUCGCGUCCGUCCAGUCUCACCGCGCCAACUCCAGCCCAGUCGCGGCCAGACGCCGCAAACCAAACGCUUCCAGGACAGACAUGCUCCGACUGCAGCCAGACCCUCGUACCGCCUGCUCGGCCGGCAACUUCCACGGCCGGCUCGGAAGACGCGCCAGAAACCCCUCCGAGCAGCGUGGCCGUCUCGCCCAGCGAGGCUUGCACAAGUUGCGGUGACCCAACUUCAAGCCUCGUCACAGGACAAGGUGCCCGGCAGUCUCGAUCUUCAGCUCAACUGUCGGCUGCAGCUGUUGGGCUGGCAUUGUUCAUUGCCUUUGCUGGAUUGUAG